CUUAACACUCACCCGUCGCCAAUAAGCAUGCAUGACGUUGGUCUCCAAGACCACAUCAUGGUAUAAAUGGACAAAGGCGCAGUAGACAUUACAGAGCGGUCAGAAAAGGGGAAGAACAUGUUGCUGUUGAGAGUUCAACUCUGCUUACCUUUCCUGGUUUUAACAUGCUGGGCAGUUCUCAACGGCGUCUCUGGAUCGUGCUCGGUUGACGGUGAUUGCCAGCAUUCAGGCACAUGCGACACAACCAACAAAAUAUGUGACUGUACCAAUACUGGGUAUGAUGGUGACACCUGUGAAAAUGAUAUCGAUGAAUGCACUGAUGGUACACAUAACUGCCAUGCUAACGCCGACUGCACAAACACGGAUGGCUCCUUCACCUGUAAAUGCAAGGAUGGCCAUGCUGGGGACGGAGUGAAAUGUACCGACUGUACAGAAAAUGGCAACGAGUGCUUAAAUGAUGGUACUUGUGACAUUCCAUCGGGUGAGACGGCUGGUACAUGCUUAUGCAAAACCGGAUACAGUGGCCGUAUUUGUGAAGACGAUAUCGACGAAUGCACUGAUGGUACACAUAACUGCCAUGCUAACGCCGACUGCACAAACACGGAUGGCUCCUUCACCUGUAAAUGCAAGGAUGGCUAUGAUGGGGACGGAGUGAAAUGUACUGACUGUACAGAAAAUGGCAACGAGUGCUUAAAUGAUGGUACUUGUGACAUUCCAUCGGGUGAGGCAGCUGGUACAUGCUCUUGCAAAAACGGAUACAGUGGUCCUAUUUGUGCAGAUGAUAUCGACGAAUGCACUGAUGGUACACAUAACUGCCAUGCUAAGGCCGACUGCACAAACACGGAUGGCUCCUUCACCUGUAAAUGCAAGGAUGGCUAUGAUGGGGACGGAGUGAAAUGUACCGACUGUACAGUAAAUGGCAACGAGUGCUUAAAUGAUGGUACGUGUGACAUUCCACCGGGUGAGACGGAUGGUACAUGCUCUUGCAAAAACGGAUACAGUGGUCCUCUUUGUGCAGAUGAUAUCGACGAAUGCACUGAUGGUACACAUAACUGCCAUGCUAAGGCCGACUGCACAAACACGGAUGGCUCCUUCACCUGUAAAUGCAAGGAUGGCUAUGAUGGGGACGGAGUGAAAUGUACCGACUGUACAGUAAAUGGCAACGAGUGCUUAAAUGAUGGUAUUUGUGACAUUCCACCGGGUGAGACGGAUGGUACAUGCUCUUGCAAAAACGGAUACAGUGGUUCUCUUUGUGCAGAUGAUAUCGACGAAUGCACUGAUGGUACAGAUAACUGCCAUGAAAACUCUGACUGCACAAACACGGAUGGCUCUUUCACCUGUACAUGCAAGGCUGGCCAUGUUGGGGACGGAGUGGAAUGCGAACCUUCUGGUGCUGCUACGGUAUCGGUGCACUUCCUUCUGCUCAUAGUUGUUGCUGUCCUCGCAAAGCUGUGCCUCAACUGAAUACAACCAGACCGGAACACGACUAAUACAGUGUAGUAGAUGUGUUUAAUUUUCCUACAAGACUUCAUAGACUUGGAUACUUCAUUUCGUUUAAUGUUGUGAUUGAUUAAUUGUGCUUACACUAAACGCACUAAAUCAAGUUCCAGUAACAUCAUUCAAUAAUUUCAACAAUAGAUGGUCGUUUUAUUGGUGACAUGUGUGAAAUGUUUCAUCCUGAUUAGAAAUUUAACAGUGUGAAUAGUGGAACAAAUACUCCAAAAUUUGAAAAAAAUAAACCCCAGCAUAAUUCCUAGAAAGGAACAUGUCCACGUGUGUUAUUCGGACCUGCAUUUCAGUGAUUUUUAUAUUCGUCUGUUUCAUGCCAAUGUAAUUCCCUCACUAUUGAUAAGAAGACAAAAUUCGUCCCUGGUUACUUUUAGGCCAUUGAUAACAUAUUACUGAUGACGUGGAACUGUCUCCCCCAGUGACCACCGACACAGAGUGAAUGUUAUCUACUUCUUAACUGUAGUGACAGUGAGCGAUUGUUACCUACCCACCCAAAGGACCUUUUAUGAUGUAUAAUCGGAUUAAUAGUUUAUAAUAUAAUAAAAUACAUGCAUUCAG